AUGAAACUUUUAGAGGAUGGUAAAUAUUUAUGGGACAUUCUUAGCUUUACGGCUGUUCCGCCAUGUACACCUCAAUCAAGAUCAAGUGGAACAUUGUUUUCUGUUACAAAUCCAGCAUCAUUCGCUUAUCCUAGUUACACUUGUUAUGCAUACACUUGGGUAGCAACUGGAUCAUCAGCAACAUUAUCCUUCUUUUUUCGUCAUGAUCCCGGUGGUUGGAUGCUAGACGAUGUUAAUGUUUAUCAUGGUUUGACACAAUUAAUUGUGAAUGGGGGUUUUGAAGCCGGUGCUCUAACUGGAUGGAGUUAUUCGGGUUCAUGUUACUUUUACACUGGUACGGCGUACUCCGGAAGUAGUUAUGCUAAAUCAGGAAGCUAUUACUAUUACGAUCGCUGUAGUCAGUAUGGUGAUACAAUAAGUCAAACAUUUGCAACAGUUGCUGGUGAUAUAUAUGUUAUUAGUUUUUGGCUAACAAACUAUUCAUGCUGUUCAGCGACUGAAAUUGCUAAUGUUACAAUAACAUAA